CUUUCACCUCCAAUAAUAUUUACGUACUGAAAACGUAAACAAAACCCUUGACCUCAUUCCCCAAAUCAAACACUAAAUACACUUUUAUCCGGAACCAUCCCAACAUCAAUGUCACUCUACACCUGCCCGCAUCAACCUCGGGGCAUGCGCCGGCGCAUCUAUAUAAACCCUCGAAGCGUUUAAAACCGUUUAGUUCGCCGCAGACAGCGCGCGAGUAAACACGUAUCGUGUGUUGCAGAAUGUGCGCCGCUAUAGACAUGUUGGCGUCCGAGCAAAUGUUCUACGGCCACAGUCCGCCAGCCGGUUUCUUAACAGAUUAUUCGGCACCAGUUAGGAGACCAACGAAAUUAACAACUCGAGGAUUUUCUGCACCCACGUUGACAGCGCUCAAGCCUGUACAGCUGACGUUGAAGACUGCGCCUAGGAGCUGCAUACGGCUGUCAACAGAGAAGAAAAAGAAACAUGUUGUGUUUGCGGAUGAUAGAGGGUUGGCUCUUGAACAAGUGAAGUUUAUGACGGAACCUUCGCACGUCCCACCAUACUGGGCACUCAAGGUUGUAGCCAGCCCUCCAACAGAAAGAAAACAACCAGAACGAGUGGAAGACACUUGGGAUAUAAGAUUUGCCCAACCCGCGUCAGAUUAUUUGGAAUUUAGAAGAAGGAUAACAGAGAACUGUGUGGCGUUAGAAAACGUUAUUGUGAAGCAGAACGAAGGUGCCGUUGAUGGUACCGUCAAAGUGAAGAAUAUAGACUUCGAAAAGGAGGUCUUCGUGCGAGCCACAUCCGAUGGAUGGAGGACGCAAGAAGACACGUUCUGUGCGUUUGUGGAAACCGGACCAUUGAGUAAGAACGGUGUCUCAAUAUAUGACACGUUUGGCUUCAGAUUGCAGCUGCCAAUACAUUCUAGGAGAUUGGACUUCUGUGUCAGUUUUCGGUGUGGGGGCAAAGAGUAUUGGGAUAAUAAGAAUGGAGAGAACUACACGAUAGAGAAGUCGUCAGUGAGGAAGACGCCGGCUAUAUCGUGCGCAAGGAUAAAAUACGGGAAUUCCUGGAGCAGGUCCGAUGCAGGGCAUACUCCGUACUGGUGAAAUGUGGUAGUGACUAUAAUGUGUUCUGUUUUUGGAAGCAUUCUGUGCUCAUAGCUCAUGAAGUAUGGUAAGUAGACGGCAUAGUGUAAUAAAUGACCAGGAUCUCACUCUAUGAGGAGAUUUCUUUUCUAAGAAGCAAAUGAAAUGGAAUUGUCGAUUUACAAUUUUACAGGAUCAUAUCAUAAAAGACGUUAUUAUGUGAAAAUUAAACAUGAUUUAAAUGCAUGAUGGGAAGGAAAUUAUGAAAUAUUAUUUAUAGAAUUUAAGAUAGGUACAUUAAUUAAAAGACCCUGGCGCCAUGUUGAGGUUUUGAAAGGUCGUCUUAAUACUUCCGUUGAUAAUGUCUUAUCACUUAAUUUAGUUUGAUCAGUAAAGUUCAACAAAUGGUUGUAAAAACGUUAAUUACUAUUAUUUAUCUUAUCUGUGAUAAACAAAGAAAGUUGUUUGUUGCUAGCAACUUUUAUCAGUACGGAAUUUAUAUUUAUCGAUCAUUUGAAAAAACGUAUUAGAUUCCAUAAAAAAUAUUUAUACAGUUGUUAUCCUGAAAAGAUAAUAACUGCUAUAAUCUCACUUAAUAUGGAAAAUUUAAAAUACAAUAUACCUACCUAGUUUCAUCAAACUUUAACUAAUUAGAAAUACGAACUUUAA